GUUCAGUGAAAUAGCAAACCUCAGUCUGAUCAGACGUUGUGAGGACCUUCUAAAGGGAUAUAAACGAGAAUAUAUAAAAUUGAGAUAUCACAAUUUAUUACGAGGAAUAACCCCUUAUCAUCAAAUUAUACACAAUGGCCUACAAGUGGGUACAAUCCUCGGCCUACUCGUCCCUUCCCGAGGAGGCGGUGGUGGGCGGCAACGAUGAGGACGGCGCCAUGAUCUAUGUGGGCAGGGCGGAGCACGACGGCGACAUGCUGGUGUGCAAGGUGGUGCCCAGCAAGCAGCUGGGAUUCGUUUCGCAGCGAGGAGAAGCCCUGCCCAAGGACAUCUUCGAGGUGCUGUGCGGUCAGAAUCUGGUGUGGAUCAAGUGCUACGACCAUGUGAUACCCGAGAACGCGGUCCUCUGCGGACGCACUUCGCUGGAUCAGCCGGUGUACAUUGGUCGUGGCCAUUACGAGGGUCACCUGAUCAUCGGCAAGAUCUCCUCCGUGCAUCGGGCCCUGUUCAUCGCUUAUCGUGGAGCCGAACGUCGCCUGGAUUCCUAUGAGAUUUUGGUGGAGGAGCGAAGAGUGUUGGCGGGUUGGCAGUUGCCCCCACCACCUCCGCUUGAAGAGCCGGAAAAGUGUCCACUCACCCCAUCGCCUCCACCUCCACCUCCAGCUCCAGCGAUGGCUGCUCCACUGUCAGCCAAACCGUAUCCUUAUCCAGAUCUGGCUGCCAUGCCAUUUCCCAUCGCUGACAGACCUCCGGCUUAUACACCCACGCCGGAUCCACUGCCUCCGAUUGGAGGUGUGAUGGUAAUGCCACGCCCCCCACCGCCACCGCCUGUGGGAGGUGUAAUGGUGAUGCCACCACCACCAACAACGUUCACCCCCGCCGAGGUUUCCGUGUCGCCAGCACCAUCGUUCGUUGCCGCCGAGGUAUCCGCCGUAUCCGUUCCCGCCGGACCAUCCUAUACGCCCGCCUCCACCUACAAUCCCUACGAAGCCGUCUGCUCAUCCUACACUCCGGCCGAAUGUGCUGGUCCGUCGGCCUACGAUGCCUACGGCUAUGGCAACAACUACGAUGUGUGGGUAUCCGCCGAGCCGGGAUUCUACUACUCACCCGAUGCCGUGAUUGGCGGUCACGACAGCAAUAUGGCCCAAUUGCUGGUGUGCAGAGCCUACUACCGGGGUGUCCAUGUGCCGGGAAAGGCGAUUCCCAGCCAGGGAUGUGCCUAUAUUGCCCACGGUGGGCGGGAGAUUGUCGAGCCAUCGUAUCAGAUGUUGGUGGGCAAGGGAAAGUACCAUUGGGUGCCCUCCUACGGCGGAAAUGUGCCACCCGGAGCUGUUGUGGCCGGAAGAACUCCGUCCGGAGAACCACUUUACGUGGGAAGGGGUCACUACCUGGGCAGCUUGACACCCGGCGUGAUUGAGCCCUAUAACCGAUGCCUACAGAUUCCAUUUGGCGGCCAAGAGAUCCGGCUAAGCACCUAUGAAGUUCUUGUUAGAAGUGACAUUUUCCAUGGACAGCAGGCCAUUCGACUUGUUUACUAAAGCGAACCUAUUUAACAGCAUUAAAUCCGCGAAAUUUGAAAGAAGCUAGCUGUAAAAAACUAUGAAAACAAAAGUUUACUCUUUUGUUUCAACAAUUUUAAUUAAACAUGAAGCAUCAUUUUACAUAUCAAUUUAAGAUGCUAUUAAUAUUUUAAAACAAGCGCAGCUACCUCCAUAAAAACCAAAGGGACUAACCUAGCAGGAACAUGAUCAUAAUUGUAUACACUUAUUUAGUAAAUAAACAUAUUUAUUAUCUAUGAAUCAUUGAGUUAUUUA